AUGCGCUCCCUCACGAUAGGGCGGUGCGUGGCAUUGGGGCUGCUUGGUCUCCUCCUCGUCAUAUGUCUGGCGCAUGAGCGGGCAGGCGUGGCGGCACUGGUCGCUACGAGCACCCGUCACACCGCCUUAUACAAGGACCUCGGCGUGGCGGCGGGAGCGAGCAAGGAGGAAAUCAAGAAGGCCUUCCGUGCACUCACCCGCCAGCACCACCCCGACCUCAAGGAAACCUUCCAGGAGAAGGAGGAUGCCAAGGCAGCCAUGGCGAAGGUGUUGCGUGCCUACGAGGUGCUGUCGGACGACAAGAAGAAGGCCGCGUACGACGAGUCGGGCAUAAUCCCUGGCGAGGCCCCCAACGUGGAGGAGAUGACGCCCAGCGAGCUCUUCGAGUACUACCACCAGUCGUCGCCCAUCUUCUCGAAGUCUCCGACGCUGAAGAGCCUGACGGAGCUGCGUCGUCUGCAAGAGUUCCGCGGCGGUCGUGUCUUUCUGAUUCAGGUCUACGACGAUGCACAAUGCAAGAACUGCCGCUACUACAGCGCCGCGUGGGAGAUGAUGUACCAGUCCAGUCUCGUAGAGGCUGGCGUGCUGGAGAUGUAUCGCAUCGACGCCCUAAGCGAGGAGGGCAGUCCACUGCUCGCCCACCUCGGCAUCCGCUACCGCAAGGAGCCAUAUGUGCUCGCCAUCGUGGACGGCGAAACCUGGACGCUCUAUAGCAUUGCGGAGGCCAUGACACAGCGCAACCACAACCGCAUCUUCCACGGCCUGCUCGAGUUCGUGAUGUCCUUCUUCUACGACGUAUUUCAGCAGACAAGGUCACUGGAGGUAACGCAGCUGGAGGACAUCCUCACGUUCCUGCGUGCCCCGCGGUCGGCCAAGCAGCCGCUGCGUGCGCUGCUGCCCACCAUCAACGCCGAGUCGAUCCCGGUGGCGCUGCAGAUGCGCUACAACCAGGUCGAAGUCCGCAGUGUGCCGCGCGAAUUUCUGCUCGAGUUCGUGGAGGAGUACUGCGAGAUGGAUAUAGGCGUGAAAGACCGCUUCGGCGAGAGCGUCCCGAUGGCGGAGUUCAUCGUUGUGUCGACGGAGGCGUUGCCUAUGCCGCCCAAGGAUGUGACCGAAACCAGCGACACGGCGGCACUGGAGGCGGAAGCCGAGGCGUCGACACCGCAGAAGAGCUGCCGCCUUGUGCACAUCGGUGCUGCGGUGGCGCUCACGUACAGCAAGGCCUCAAGGUUCAUUGAAGACCACCUGCCAGAGCGGCACGUGGGCAUGAAGGGCCUGCGCUACGCCGGCGCAACAGACUUCCUGCAAGUGUGUCGUGACAACUGCGUGGUGUGGAUGCGCGAAGACUGCGCGGAGGCGCCAGGCGCGCACGUGGCGGCCCUCAUGGCAAACGACUACCUCUCCUUCAAGACCGGCUACUGGUGCAUGGAGGAGGAACGUAGCCUGGCCAAGGUUCUGAGCAAGGUGGGUGUGUGGACGGCGACGUCGAAGCACCUGGCUGCCUCUCCCUCAGCUCUCAUCGCCUUCGUCGGCGGCAACGACAGCAUCGCCUACCAGCUCGUGUCCGUGCAAGCCAAGGCGCCAGAGGAGCUCACAGCGCAGGACAUAUACGCUGCCCUGUCGACGCUGGUGAGCAACGCCGAGGAGGCCGAGGACGGCAGUGAGGCGGCCAAGGUUGCGGCGCCGAUCCCGUCGCGCCUCCCGCAGCCCGUCGCCAGCCUCCUCGCCACGGACGGUUUCCCGAUCUCCCGCAAGCAGCGUCUCUACAUACAGGCUAUGACCAUCUAUACCUUUGCAGCCCCGCUGGUGUCCAACGCGUGGCCGUUCUUCAUGAUGUACCUAAUCCACCGCUUCGUCCUGAACCGCAACAAGCCGGAGCCCGAAGAGGAAACGAGGAAGAAGCGCGAGGAGUCUGCCGCCGCCAACAGUGCGUCGAGCGCGAAUGGGGCAUCUGCAGCGCCGGUGCGUCGUCGCAUCCGCAAACCGCAGCCCCGGGUCGGCCCGUACAACCCACGCGACAUGAAUUGGGCCAAGGAGGAGAAGGGCUUCCUGCUCUUACUCGUGGAGGACGGUUUGGCAGCCGGGGCUCUGCCGCUCCCCCGCCUCGCCUUGGACGAGCCCUUCACCGUGCGCGUCCUCGGCACCGGACAGGGCAAGUGGCGCCAGUGGAUCCUCGAGCACAAGCCGGCCGCUCCGGAGGGCGCGGCAGAGAAGCUCCCAGAGGCGGAGCGCCAGAUCUCCCUCAUGGCCAUCCGCAAGACUCGCAUGAAGGCCCUUGUCAAGUCGGAUGCGCAGACGAUCGAUGCUUUUCUCCGUGACCUUCUCGAUGGUACAAAGAACCCGAGCGACGAGCUGCCGUCGUGGGCGUAUGACGAGUAG